CAAAGAAAUUCCACCAGCGUGGCUGCUGUUGGGGCCAGUGAUCAGCUCAGAGUGGAGCUCGCUCCAGACCCCUGCCUUCCAAACAUGGAUUUUAACAGCUUGACGGCCAAGCUGAAGCCCAUCUAUAAGGACUUCAUGAUGUACCGACACUGCAGGAAGUUCCCGCUCCUGCGCAAGCCUGUCGGCUGCCGGGGAAAGGAUACCUUCUUGCUGCUGGCAGUUAAGUCUCUGGCGGAGCACGCAGACCGCCGCGCUGCCAUCCGCAGCACGUGGGGGCGGGAACGGAUGGUAGGCGGUGCUCUGGUGCGCCGCGUCUUCCUGCUGGGGCUGACGGAGAUUCAGGUCCGCUCGCAGACGGUGCAGGCCAUGGUGGACCAUGAGAGUGAGGAGCACGGGGACAUAGUCCAAUGGGGCUUUCGUGAGUCCUUCUUCAACGUUACGCUGAAAGAGACCCUUUUCUGGAAAUGGUUCUCUGAGGACUGCCACGCUGCGAAAUUCGCCCUCAAGGGGGACGACGAUGUGUUCGUUAACGUGGAGAACGUUCUGGAAUACUUGAGUGACGUCAAUCCUUCCCACGACCUUUAUGUCGGCGAUGUCUUCAGAAACUGGUUCCCGAGCAGGGUCCUGAACAGCAAGUACUACAUCCCACUUUUCCUGUAUGGGAAUGAACCUUACCCUCCGUAUGCUGGUGGGGGUGGUUACCUACUGUCUGGGACAUCAAUCCUGAAACUACACAAAGCCUCCUCAUUUCAGGAGCUCUUUCCCAUUGAUGAUGCUUAUGUGGGAAUGUGUGCCCAAAGAGCCAAGAUCAAAGUGAUUUCUCACAGAGGCUUCCGCACUUAUGGGAAUAUUCCAUAUGACCCCUGCAUUUACAAAGGGCUAAUGCUUGUUCACCGAGUGACACCCAAUGAAUUAUGGCUGAUUUGGAGUUUGCUAAAGAAUAACAAUAAGACAUGCAGCCGUUUCACAAGCUUUUCAAAUAACCUGUGAAGAAACAGUUCUAUUGUGUCAUAAAUAUCUUGAUAGCAAUACGCAAUCCUUGGAUUCACCACGUCGAAAUCAGAGAUGGGAACUGUUUCUCUCUGCACUGUUCCUGCUCCAUCAAUUGAAAUAUCCUGAUUGCUGACCUUGCUGAUCUCAAUGAACUGACUACAGAUCAGCAGCACUAGAAAUUGCCUGGCCUGGGUGGUUCAGAAUCUGAGACUUAUCCAGCCUUUUGGGUCAAGAUACAAGGUCCUGGCUGCCUGUCAGGUGGUCAGAAGAUCUUGUGGUACUGUUUGUCAAAGAGCUGGGACGUUCUUCUGGUACCUUGGCGGAUGCUUAUUGCGCACCCAACACUGUUAAAAACAGAUUAUUUAGCCAUUGCUAUUUUUGAGACCUUGCUGUGAGCAAAUUGGCUGCCUCAGAGGGCUG